AUGGUUGGAGAUCGACUGCCGAAUCUGCAGCGGUACAUCGAUACUCAUCCGGGUGAAAAAAUUGCGUGCAACGGCUCAGCGCUGACGAUAAUCUUCUGUGAAAAUGCUACCUCUCUGGAUACGUGCGACCCGUACUUCAUGAACGCCUGGAGGAUGGGCGAGAUUCGAGAAAACCAGGCGAUCACCGGAUUGACCAGCAAUGCAAUUAAAGACAAUCUAUUCUCAAAGUACCUGAAAGCAGGUGGUAUUUUGUCACGCAAUUCAACUGCCGAUGAGCCAGAACCCAAUGCUGACCAAAUGUACGUGACCGCUGACAUGACCACGUCAUUCAUCAUACUCAUCGGCGUGUUUUUCCCGUCGGUUACAGGCAAGUGA